ACAAGCUGCUGUGUGGGUGGACUUUUUACUGAAGAGCAGAGAAAGGGUUCAGGACAAUCAGCACUAUGACUGAUGGAGACUAUGAUUAUCUUAUCAAGCUCCUAACCCUGGGGGACUCAGGAGUGGGAAAAACAACUUUCCUGUACAGGUACACUGACAACAAGUUCAACCCCAAGUUCAUUGCCACAGUGGGAAUAGAUUUCAGGGAAAAGCGAGUGAUGUACACAUCAUCAGGCCCCAGUGGAACCACAGGAAAAACGUUCAAAGUGCACCUGCAACUUUGGGACACAGCAGGACAGGAGAGGUUUAGGAGUCUCACAACAGCCUUCUUCAGGGAUGCCAUGGGCUUCCUACUAAUGUUUGAUCUCACCAGUCAGCAGAGCUUCCUUAACGUCCGGAAUUGGAUGAGUCAGCUCCAGGCCAAUGCUUAUUGUGAAAACCCAGACAUAGUAUUAGUUGGUAACAAGGCAGACUUAGCUGACCAGAGAGAAGUGCAGGAGCGACAAGUGAAAGAAUUAGCGGAAAAGUAUGGGAUCCCCUACUUUGAAACGAGUGCUGCCACAGGCUCAGAAGUGGAGAAGGCUGUGGUGACACUCCUUGACCUGGUGAUGAAGCGUAUGGAACUAUGUGUGGACAGGCCAAUACCAGAGGCCGCCAACGGGGGCAGCUCCAGCAAACAUGAGAUGCCAGCUCCCACUCAGAGAAAGUGUGCCUGCUAAUCUACCAUCCAUUGUUUCCCAAGGACCUGUAGAGCAACACAAUCCAGCCUCUACAAACACAGAAACCACACACAUACAGAAAUCUGUGACCUGGCUGGCAAAACAGGGGCUCAUAUCCAGCCUCCUCGGUGUGGUCUGCUAUGGAGGUGCACUGUGGCCUGUCACUGCCUACAUAUCUGUGUCUAUAAAAUCGAUUAUGCUGCCCUGACUUGUAAACUAUAAAUACCAUCCC